AUGCAUUUUGCUCCACCCAACGAACUUCGCUAUUACGAAACUGUUAAGACAUCAUUUUUUGAAAUACUCAAUCGGGACUGGGCUUCAAUGUAUUCUGGAGUUGUAGCCGGCUCUAUGGCGAAAUCCAUCCCAAUAGCAGCCUUUUCCAACUCUCUCACCUACAACAGCUUAAUCUGGCUUGCAAUCACUUUUGCUACUCUGGCAUUUUACAUGCAUUUGGCAGCUUGGCAAUUUCCUUACAAACAUGACCUGGUUUCAAGAACUCAUCCUUCAGGGGUAGAUAUAUAUUCAAGUUUACCCAAUUCCUUGACGAAUUUGUCUUCUUUAACAACUCUAGACCUAUCAUCGACCAAAUUGCUUGGGAACUUACCCGAUUCAAUUGGUUAUCUCAAGUCUACUAAUCAGCUCACGGGUCCCAUCCCCUUCAAUUUAAGUGGUCUUCAAAACCUAUGUGGGGUAAUACCUCCAUGGUUGUUUACUCUUCCGUCAUUGAUAAAUAUAGAUUUGAGUUCCAAUCAUUUAACUGGUCAAAUUUCUGAAUUCCAGGAUCAUUUACAAUUGGACACCAUUGACUUGAUUGACAAUAAACUUCAUGGCCCCAUUCCACAGUCAAUUUCAACUCUUGUAAAUAUAACCGGGCUCUAUCUUGCAUCAAAUGAUCUAAGUGGUAUUAUGGAUCUUCAAACACUCGAAAAUGUUGAGUAUGUACCUUGAUCUUUCCAACACUAAUCUAUCAGUGGUCGCUAGAAGCAAUGUCAACAAUACCCUUCCCAACCUAAGGAAUGUCUAUCUCUCAUCUUGCAACAUCGAGGUGUUCCCUAAUUUCUUAAGAGCCUCAGAG